AUGUCAUCUCCUAUCCCAAUCAACACCACUCCUCCCUCUCAUCCUAACCAUCAUAACGCGACCCCAACAUCUUCCAUCUCUCUAUCCCCUCAAACCCCUUUCUCAGCCCCUUUCUCUCAUUCUACAAUCCUCCGUUCUCUCUCUUUCAAAUCUUCUCCACCUAAACCACUCCUUUCUUAUCCUUUCCCUCAAGUACCUCUCCCAGAGAACGCGUUGGACGAUCAAGAAGAAAGUCACGACGAACAUGAUUCCUUCGAAUUUGCCGAUAUGCGACAUAUGCGGUCUUCCUGGAGACGAGCAGUCAGCAUGAGUGUCCCGAACAAUGCUGGGAUUGGCACCAUGUUGGGAGGGUUCGGAGGGUUGAAAGGAAGUCCUCCCAAGAGUCCUGUCGAUGGUUCGGGUCUGGGUUUGGGUUUGGGAGGUUGUCAAGGUGGACAAGGAGUUCUGGCUGAUAAUGCCGCCAGAGGACAGGGAGUUUUGAGACGACUCAGCAUUGGAGGGUUUUCGAGGCCCGCAUUUCUCUCCCCACCUGUUCAACCGACCAACCUCCCAGCCGAACCCCCACUCGUUCCCACCCCUCAAACAUCAAACAUCCCCCCUCCAUCAGCCCCACCGACGGUCCAAACACACACCAUCCCUGUAUCCGAACCCAAGGUGCUCAAUCAAGACUUACGACGAGCGACUACGCUCGGUCCGGAUAAAGCGAGAAGGUUGUCUGAUGGUCGAAAGCGAGGUGUGAGCCCUAUGGGCGAACGUAUGCUCCGUGAACAUGGGCAUUUCUAA